ACUCGAGAUCUUCUUCAUUGUCAAACUCAAACCUUCUUCACUGCAAAUCGACGUCUUUGUUUACCAUACUACAUCAAGAUGCGUUUGUCAACCUUCGUUCUGGCAUCCACUGCUGCCAACCUCGCCAUCGCGGCACCACUCUCUUACCCUCUCCCAAAUGGCUUCCCCAACUUGAACGCCACGGCCUUAGCAGAGGUCUACAAACUCGCAGGCGGCACUCUUCCAAACGGAGCACUCCCGACCCAACUCACUGCAGGUGCUACUCAAACUCUCCAGCUCAUUGCAGCCAACGAGCUCUUCGAGGUAGCAUACUUUACCGAGUUGGUUAACAAUAUCACCAACAAGGUCCCGGGAUAUGAGAAUGCAGAUUCAUAUGCUCUCAAAACUCUUACCGCUAUCGUGAACCAAGAACAAAUCCACGUGCUGGCCGCGAACGGCGUCUUGGCCAACGCCAACCAAACCAACAUUCAACCUUGCCAGUAUCAGUUCCCAGUCAGCGACUUUGACUCCGCCAUUGCUCUUGCCGAGACAUUCACCGAGGUCGUUCUUGGAGUCCUUCCACUUGCUCAAAUGGCCUUCGGAGUCGACGGCGGUGACGAGACUGGUCUUAUCCCAGUCAUUGGGUCCAUCAUCGGUCAAGAGGCCGAGCAGAACGGUUAUUACCGCGCCUUCCAGAAGAAGAUCGCAUCAGCUGCUCCAUUGUUGACUGGUGGUGCACCUCAAUUCGCAUACACUGCUAUCAGCCAGUUCAUUGUCCCAGGGUCGUGUCCCAACAUUGAUGUCAUCGGCUUGACUGCAUUCCCGGCGUUGACCGUCGAGACUACACCUAAGGCCGAGAACAGCACGCAAUUGUUCAGCGUCAACGGCACCGUCAGCGCUGCCAAUGCAAGCAUUGCUUAUCUCUCUGGACAGAACCUUCCUGUCACUGUUCCGAUUACCAAUGUCAAUACUGAGGGAGGGAAGACUUACUUCUUUGCCGAGUUCCCAUACGAGGCUGGAUUCGCUAGGGGUUUGACGAUUGGUGCUUUGGUAUCGGGAUCAAGCCCAACUUUCAACUCCAGUGCUGAUGUCGCGACUGCCACUUUGUAUGGUCCUGCUCUCAUCGAGAUCGACUAA